UUCGCUGUUAAAAAUUAGCCCGUUGUCAUCUGGGAAACUCAUAACCCCCUCUCUAAAUAUCCACCAUGAUGAACCACCGUUUCCGAUUCCGAUCACCUGCAUCCAUCUCGAUUCGAUAAUUCUCCAAUCGGCUCAUCUGCGAGUGUAUUAUAUCAGAUCUUCCAGUUGUGAUUUUCUAAUUCUUAAGGGUUAGUAUGGAACCUAUGGAUAUUGUUGGUAAAACGAAGGAGGACGCUUCACUUCCCAAAGCAACUAUGACAAAAAUUAUUAAAGAAAUGUUGCCCCCAGAUGUCCGUGUUGCUCGAGAUACUCAAGAUCUUUUGAUUGAAUGUUGUGUAGAGUUCAUUAAUCUAAUCUCAUCAGAAUCAAAUGAAGUUUGUAAUAGAGAAGAGAGACGGACAAUUGCACCAGAACAUGUACUCAAGGCUUUGGAGGUUCUUGGCUUUGGGGAAUAUAUUGAAGAAGUUUAUGCUGCAUACGAACAACACAGACUAGAGACCGUGGACACGGUGAGAGCAGGGAAGUGCAGCAAUGGUGCUGAAAUGACUGAAGAAGAAGCACUAGCUGAGCAGCAGAGGAUGUUUGCUGAGGCUCGUGUAAGGAUGAAUGGUGGUGUUACAGUUCCCUCAAAACAGCCUGAUUCAGAAGUGGACCAAAACUACAACAACAACAACAUACCCAGUGUAAUCCCACAAGUGGGGUCCGGGGAUUGUGGUAUGUAUGCAGCCUUACCCCUACCUUGUGAAGGUAGAGAGGCUGUUUCCAAUAGACCCUCGGCUAGUGGACCAAAACUAGAAUAGCUGACUUUAGGACUUCCUUUUUUUCUGUAGGCAAGCACAUUUGACUCGUAAGUAGUUUCACUUUUCUGUUAUGUACAAAAAGCUCCUACCCCGUGUGCUAGUUAUGUGGACUCUCCUUCAAGUAGUACUUGUCUCCAUAUGUUGUGUAAUUAAUGAGCAGAAUUAUCUACUUUCUUCAAGUGCAUUCAGUGUUUGUCACUA